AUGAUUCGCUCAGCUCGCCAGGCACUGUUUGCAUCAUUCCGUCUUCAUAGUUCGUGCUGCGGACAUGAAUUGACAGCAGCUGAGCAAAAAAUGAAAGAAAUGCUCGAAAAGGGAAUCGAGGGGUGCACAAAAGUCGAAGUACACGACAUUUCGAAUGGAUGCGGUUCAAUGUAUGACGUUGUUGUCGAGGCCACGAGCUUCAAGGGAAAAGCCAAAGUCGCUCAACACAAAAUUGUGACAGGCAUUCUUCGAGAGCAAAUCAAGGAUAUGCACGGGCUGACCAUCAAAACAAAAGCCGCAUCAUAA